AUGACGUGUGGGUCAGGGGAUCUUCUCACAUCUCCAGUUCCUUCUGCCAGAUUAGCAAAUCAGCCGUAUGUUGAAGGGGCCUGGUUCCUGGCCUGCGGUCACACCAACAUAUCCUGCAGGAUGGUGAAGGGGAAGAUGGUGGAGGUAGGGAAGUGGCCAUGGCAGGUGAGCAUCCUGUUCCUGGGCAUGUACAUUUGCAGCGGCUCUCUCAUCCAUCGCCAGUGGGUCCUCACAGCCGCGCACUGCUUAGAGAGAUCCAAGGACCCCACACAGUACUCCGUGAUGGUGGGAGUCCAGCACCUCCCAGAAAAUGGCACUCAGCUCCCGCUCACUCGCAUCGUGAUUCAUGAGGAUUACGACAAUCGCAUUUCCCAGGACAUUGCCCUCCUGAAGCUCAGGGACGCCAUCUUCUGGUCCCCCCUGGUCCAGCCCGUCUGCCUCCCCAACACCAGAUUCAAGCCACACAUCGGAAACAUGUGCUGGGUGAUCGGGUGGGGAAUGACAGGAAAAGGCUAACUCUGGCAGCUCCCUUGUCUGCCAAGUGAACAAGACCUGGAUCCAGAUGGGAGUUGUGAGCUGGAGCUUUAGCUGCAGCCGGCGCCAGUUCCCAGGCAUCUACACCAGUACCUCCUACUUCACCCACUGGAUCAGGACUCAGAUCGCUGACAUGAGGUUCCUCAGUAGGGCUGGCCCUGCCUUCCU